AUGGAGAAACUGAAGAUUUUGUUGGGUGUCAUUUUGUCCCUGGGAACAGCCUCAGCAGCAUCUCUGGGUGUGGUGCAGACAGAAGGUGGCAGCGUUCAGGGACGAAAUAUCCCCCUCAGUCUGUUCCGCUCUGUGGAUGUUUUCAAAGGAAUCCCCUUCGCUGCCAAACCUGGAACCUUUGAGAAACCCAAACCUCACCCUGGCUGGGACGGCAUACUGAAGGCAACAAAGUUUGCCAGUAGAUGUCUCCAGACCAACAUGCUCCAGACUUCAACUUUUGGUAGUGAAGAUUGCCUGUACCUCAACAUCUGGGUUCCUCAUGGCCGACAUGUGUCAUCAAACCUCCCAGUGAUGAUUUGGUUUUAUGGAGGAGGCUUCAUGGUCGGUGGCUCUAUGGGACCAAAUUUUCUAAACAACUAUCUGUACAGCGGUCAGGAAAUUGCAGACAGGGGCGAUGUUAUUGUGGUGUCAGUGGGAUACCGUGUGGGAACGCUGGGCUUCCUCAGUACAGGAGACUCUGGCUUACCUGGGAACUACGGUCUGUGGGACCAGCAUGCUGCCAUCGCCUGGGUGCACAGGAACAUCCGCUCAUUUGGAGGAGACCCUGACAACAUCACCCUCUUUGGAGAGUCUGCAGGUGGAGCUAGUGUUAGCUUUCAGACCCUCUCCCCCCACAACAAAGGGCUGUUCAAGAGAGCCAUCUCCCAAAGUGGUGUUGCCUUCUGCCCCUGGGCUUUCAACAGGAACCCACGCAAGGUUAUAGAGGAGGUUGCUGUAAAUGUUGGCUGCCCUACUGAUGACAGGAUGGUGGCCUGCCUGAAAUCAACUGAUGCUGAGACUCUCACCAUGAGAUAUGAUGCCUAUUUAUUAUAUCUGUUUCAAUCUAUUUCAGACCCUGGUGUGAAUCAACUGAGUCUGACUCCUGUUGCCGAUGGAGACUUCCUCCCUGAUCAGCCAGCCAACUUGUACCACAAUGCUGCUGACAUAGACUACCUCGCUGGGGUUAAUGACAUGGAUGGACACCUCUUCACUUCACAGGACAUUCCCUCCUUUAAGAACAAGACUAAAGAGAUUCCUGUAGAAGAUGUAAAGCGGCUUCUUGCUGCCUAUACCAAGGAGAUGGGGCAGGCUGGUUUCGAGGUUGCAUUUGCUGAGUAUUCAUCCACCUGGGGGUCAAAACCCAGCCAGGACACCAUCAAGAGAACUGCUGUGGACAUAGGGACUGAUUACAUCUUCCUAGUUCCCAUUCAGACCGCCAUUUACCUGCAUGCUGCUAAUGCCAGGUCUGGCCGUACCUACUCCUACAUGUUGUCUGAGCCCAGUUUAAUGGCUGGACCAGACAAACCCUACCAUGACUGGGUGGGCGCUGACCACGCUGAUGACCUGCAGUUCGUGUUCGGCAAACCCUUCACCACGCCGAAGGCUUAUGGAGACAGACACAGAGACCUGUCUGGCUAUAUGAUUGCAUACUGGACUAACUUUGCCAGAACUGGAGACCCCAACAGAGGAAACCUGAAGGUGCCUGUGGCCUGGCCUGAAUUUACCAGUGCUGGAGAACAGUUCCUGGACAUCAAUGCGAAGAUGAAUGAGAGCUCCAUUGGACAGGAAUUGAGGUCCCGUUUUGUUCGCCUUUGGCUCAGCAUCCUUCCCAGCCUUCCAUGGUAUCAUGCCACAAAUGCUCAGUGAUGCAUUUUUAGUUUAAA